UCCGCAGCCCCGGCCUGGGGCUGGGCGCACCGCCCCGAUCCCCGCAUCCCGCGCCCCGGCCCGCGCGUGCGCCCAGGCCGAGGGAGCACCCCCCGCCUCCAGCCUCGAGGGACGAGUUCCCGCCGCGGGGCCCGCGGAACGAGAGCCAGCCGCGCCGGGCGGGCGCCUCCAGGCCACCAGAUGUUCGCCAUGCAGCCAGGGCUAGCCGAGGGGGGCCAGAACCUGGGGGGCCCACCCCCUGGAGUAUGUCCCCCCGAGCUCCAACCGGACAGCAACUCCAACUUCAUGGCAAGCGCCAAGGAUGCCAAUGAGAAUUGGCAUGGGAUGCCAGGCCAAGGGGAGCCCAUCCUGAUGAGGAGCUCCUCCGAGUUGCCCUCUGACAACCAGGCCUUCCGGGCCCCUGGACUCUCCGAGGGGGAGGUCCGCAGCCCACCGGAGGGGGCAGAGAUCCCUGGAGCUGAGCCUGAGAAGAUGGGUGAUACCGGCACAGUUUGCUCCCCUUUGGAAGACAACGGCUAUGCCAGCAGCUCCCUGAGCAUCGACAGCCCUAGCAGCAGCCCUGAGCCUGCUUGUGGGACCCCUCGAGGCCCUGGCCCUUCAGAUCCCCUUCUGCCCUCGGUGGCCCAGGCCGUGCAGCAGCUGCAGGCUCAAGAGCGCUACAAAGAGCAGGAGAAAGAGAAGCACCACGUGCACUUGGUGAUGUACCGUCGCCUGGCCCUGCUCCAGUGGAUCCGGGGCCUGCAGCAUCAGUUGGUUGACCAGCAGGCCCGUCUGCAGGAGAGCUUUGACACCAUCCUAGUCAACCGAAAGGAGCUUAUCCGCUGUCUCCAACAGAGGGCAGCACCAUCUAGGCCCCAGGACCAGGGCUAAGGGUGUACCUCCACAGGGGUGCAAGGGUAUAUGUAUAUAUUUGCACGCAUGUGUGCGGUUGUGCACAAGUAAGUACAUGAUUCUUCGCUGAUAUGAGUGCAGGUAAGCGUGAGUUUAUAUGUGCCAACAUGUAGGCAGGUAUGUGCAAGCAUUUGUGAAGCAGCACUUGUGUAUCAGCUUGUGUGUGCACACGAGCUAACUUAGGUGCACACCUAUACGAGUAUGUAAGAGGGAGCAUACGUAUAUGUGUAACGUGUGGAAGAGUGAGUCAAUUUGUAUAUGCACGUGUGGACAGGUACCCAACAGUGUGUGUAUAUGUGCAUGAGUAAGGAUGUAUGUGCAAAAGAUGUGUGUACAUAUGAGUGAGUGAGCAGGCUUGUAGUGGGCGUAUGUGAGUGAGCCCUUGUGUGUACAGGCCUAUGUGCGGGGGUGCACGUGUGCAGGUGCAGGCAUGGGAAGUGUAUAUUAGGAGCAUGUAUAUUUUCAGGCAGACUCACAAGCAGAUGUGUGUAAAUAGAUAUUCAAUUGCAUGUGCGGGGCAUCCAUCCACACCCUGGGUUACCCAUGACCUACCCUAGCCUUUUUCUCCAUAGAAGAAAGAGGGCUCCCUGGAGAGAGAGGGCUAGCCUGCUGUCCUUUAUCUGAGGGUUGUGACUGAUUCAUUUUCCUGGGAUUUCCCAGGCCACCUCUCCUUCUCCCUUCCCCUCCUCCCAGACCUCACUCUGCUAAGCUGUUGUCCCUGAUGGUGGAUUUGCUGCAGGAAGUUUGGUGGCUGCUCUGAUCUGCUGUGGCUUUUUGGCUGCGUUUUUGCCAGGGCAAUUGGUAGAGAAUUAGUAUCAGGGAGGGGAGCUGGGGGUGGUGAUUGACACCAUGGCAGGGGUGGGGGCAGGGUCAGAGAAGAUGGGGGACUGUCCCUCUUGAACUCUGCCUUUGGGCACCUGGGAGAUGGGGAUGAGGGAGAUGACAAUUGCAGAACCCUGUGAAGAAUAGAAGAAUUCUACAAUAUCAGUUCCCAAACAAACCACGCCUCUCCGCUGCAGACCAAGUCAAAUGGUUGCAAACCGUGCUGACUUAAGCUUCUGAUGAAAUGGAAUGUGCUAAUAUAAUGUUAUAUGGCAAUUGUACCUCAAUAAAAAGUUUUUUU